AUGGGAUGCAAAAAGAGAGAAGGAAAGCAUCAUUGCCCCGUGUGCAAUGAAAGUGCCAAAACCCGAUGUGUGAAGAAACAACAUCUCGCCAUCUGCGGUGGAUGUAAGAAGGCCUUUUCAGUGAAGCACAAUCGUCGGUGCCCCUUUUGCCUGGGAAAGGAUACCAAAGAGGAAAAGAGACACGCGAAGGAGGAUACCAUCCAGGAGGAGGAGGAGGAGGAAGAGUGA